GUGGUGGUGAACCCCAUCUUUAUCUGACUGGUGAGGGUGUGGAGGAUUUAAGCCACCAUGCCGGGCGCCUACAAAGGUGAGUGUGGGGACGAUGUGGACCCCAUGCCUUUCCUGGCUCCCCCGGAAAAGGAGAGACUGGAGGCCAUGAACAGGCCCUAUGACAUCAAGAAGUCCUGCUGGGUGAAGCACGAGAAGGAAGGCUUCAUCGCAGGAGAGAUCCAGUCUGACGACGGUGAUAAAGUCACUGUGAAGACGGUCAAAAACGCGACAGUCACUAUAAAGAAGGAUGACAUUCAGCAGAUGAAUCCUCCCAAGUUUUAUCAGGCCAGUGACAUGGCUAACCUGACCUUUCUGAACGAGGCCAGCGUGCUGGAGAACCUUCGCUCUCGCUACGUCUAUAUGAGGAUCUACACCUACUCCGGCCUUUUCUGUGUGACUGUAAACCCCUACAAAUGGCUUCCUAUUUACGGGGUGAAGGUCGCUCAGCUGUAUAAGGGGAAGAAACGCAGUGAAGUUCCCCCUCAUCUCUUCUCCAUCUCAGACAAUGCAUACCAUGACAUGAUGAUGGAGCACGAGAACCAGUCAAUGCUGAUCACUGGAGAAUCCGGUGCUGGCAAGACUGAAAACACCAAGAAGGUCAUCCAGUACUUCGCCAAUGUUGGCGCCACUGGAGGAAAACCAUCUUCAGAUUCCAAGGGCUCCCUGGAGGAUCAAAUCAUCCAGGCUAACCCAGUCCUGGAGGCGUUUGGUAACGCCAAAACCACCAGGAACAACAAUUCCUCUAGAUUUGGGAAAUUUAUCCGAAUCCACUUUGGACCAACAGCUAAGCUGGCUGGUGCAGACAUAGAAAGUUAUCUACUGGAGAAAUCCCGUGUGAUCUCCCAACAAGCAGCGGAACGCAGCUAUCACAUCUUCUACCAGCUCCUGUCUGGGAAGAAACCAGAGCUGCUGGAGGCUCUCCUUCUGGUCGCGGACCCAAAACAGUAUGUUUGGAUCUGUCAGGGAGUCACGGUGGUGGAUAACAUGGAUGAUAAAGAGGAGCUGAUGCUGACUGAUAUGGCGUUUGAUGUGCUCGGCUUCACUGCUGAGGAGAAAAUGAGCAUCUACAAGCUGACCGGGGGCAUAAUGCACUUCGGUAACAUGAAGUUCAAACAGAAAGCAAGAGAGGAGCAAGCUGAUGUUGAUACAACUGAGGUGGCUGACAAAGUUGCCCACCUCAUGGGGAUCAACUCUGGGGAUCUGCAGAAGGGGAUCACCAGGCCUCGAGUUAAAGUUGGAAAUGAGUUUGUGACCAAAGGUCAGAACCAGGACCAAUGCGUCUACUCCAUUGGAGCUCUGGCUAAAGCCAUCUACGACAGAAUGUUCAAGUGGAUGGUGAACAGGAUCAAUAAAACUCUGGACACAAAGAUGCAGCGCCAGUUCUUCAUUGGAGUUUUGGAUAUUGCUGGCUUUGAAAUCUUUGAGUUUAAUAGCUUCGAGCAGCUGUGCAUCAACUUCACCAAUGAAAAACUGCAACAGUUUUUCAACCACCACAUGUUCGUCCUGGAACAGGAGGAAUAUAAGAAAGAGGGGAUAGACUGGGUCUUCAUAGACUUCGGACUCGACCUGCAGGCCUGCAUUGAGCUGCUGGAGAAGCCAAUGGGGAUCUUUUCCAUCCUUGAGGAGCAGUGUGUGUUCCCCAAGGCCACGGAUGUCACUUUUAAGACGGCCUUGUAUGACAAUCAUCUGGGCAAGUCUGCCAACUUUCAGAAACCGAAAGGUGGUAAGAAAGGGCCGGAGGUUCACUUUGAGCUGAUUCACUAUGCCGGCACUGUCGGGUACAACAUUGCAGGCUGGUUGGAGAAGAAUAAAGACCCUCUGAAUGAAACAGUGGUGGGCUUGUACCAGAAGUCCUCCAUGUCUCUUCUAGCUCAUCUCUUCAAAGAAGAGGAAGCUGCUGCUGGUGUCAAAAAACAGAAAAAGGGCUCUUCCUUCCAGACCGUAUCUGCUUUCUACAGGGAGCAGCUGAACAAACUGAUGAGCACCCUGCGAAGCACGGCUCCCCACUUUGUACGCUGCAUUGUACCCAAUGAAUUCAAGCAGUCUGGUGUUUGUGAUGCAAAUUUAAUCCUGCACCAGCUGGCCUGUAAUGGUGUCCUGGAGGGAAUCCGCAUUUGCAGGAAAGGCUUUCCCAAUAGAUUGCAGUACCCUGAGUUUAAGCAGAGGUAUUACAUCCUCAACCCCAAUGUGAUCCCAAAGGGAUUUGUGGACAACAAAAAGGCCUCUGAGUUGAUUCUAGGUUCGAUUGGGUUGGACGAUAUGGAGUACAGGAUAGGACACACCAAGGUGUUCUUCCGAGCUGGAGUCCUGGCUAAGCUGGAGGACAUGCGGGAUGAGCGGCUGGCUAAAAUCAUGACCAUGCUGCAGGGGCGUCUGAGGGGCACACUCAUGAGAGUAGAGUUCAAGAAGAUGCUUGAGAGAAGAAUUGCUCUCAUUGCUCUUCAGAGAAACGUGAGGAAGUUCCUUCAGCUCAGAUACUGGGGAUGGUGGAAACUAUACACAAAGGUCAAGCCUUUGCUGCACGUCGCUCGUCAGGAGGAUGAGCUGAAGGCUAAAGAGGAAGAGUUACGGGUUGCCCUCGAGAAAACGGCAGAAAUGACGGAAAAGAUCAAAGAGCUGGAUGAAAAACUCGUCACUCUGUCUAAAGAGAAGAGUGACUUGGCCUUAGCCCUGGCAGCUGAGCAAGACAGCAUAGCCGACGCUGAAGAGCGCUGCAGCCAGCUGAUGAAACAGAAGAUGAACAUGGAGGAGCAGAUCCAGGAUAUGAAGGAGAGGCUGGAGGAGGAGGAGGGCAGUGCUAUGGCAUUAAGUGCUCAGAAGCGCAAGCUGGAAGGAGAGCUUAUGGACCUGAAGAGAGAUCUGGAAGGCCUGGAGUCCACUCUGGCAAAGUCAGAGAAGGAAAAACAGGGCCUGGACAGCAAAGUGCGCUCUUUGACAGCCGAACUUGGUCAGAGGGACGAUACCAUUACCAGGUCCCAGAAGGAAAGAAAGGCUCUGGAGGAACUGCAACAGAAAACUCUGGACGACCUUCAAGCUGAGGAGGAUAAAGUGAAUCAUCUCACCAAAACCAACAGCAAGCUCACCUCUCAAGUGCAUGAGCUGGAAGAUAACUGGGAGCAGGAGAAGAAAAUCCGAGGAGAGGUGGAGAAGGCCAGACGCAAAGCCGAGGCAGAUCUGAAGAUGACCAUCGAUAACCUCAACGAGAUGGAGAGAGCUAAAAUAGACCUGGAGGAGGUUGUCAAAAAGAGGGACAUGGAAAUUAACCAUCUGAACGCUAAACUGGAGGAUGAGCAGUCUCUCAGCUCCACUCUGCACAGGAAGCUCAAAGAGCACCAGGCCCGCAUCGAGGAGCUGGAGGAGGAGCUGGAGGCGGAGAGGGCAGUAAGAGCUAAGGUUGAAAAGCAGAGAGCAGAUCUGUCCCGGGAUCUUGAGGAUCUUGGGGACAGACUGGAGGAGGCAGGGGGUGCCACUUUUGCUCAGAUCGAGCAGAAUAAGAAACGUGAAGCUGAGCUGAUGAAGCUCCGCAGAGAGCUGGAGGAGGCGGCUCUGCAGUCCGAGGCCACUGCCUCCGCCCUGAGGAAGAAGCACUCGGACGCCAUGGCGGAGCUGGGCGAGCAGGUAGAGAAUCUACAGAGAGUCCGGAUCAAACUGGAGAAGGACAAGCAGGUCAUGAAGGCGGAGAUUGACGACCUGAACGCCACGGUAGAGGCAGUGCAGAAAUCCAAGCUGAACGCUGAGGCCCACGUCCGUAAGUUAGAGGACAGCCUGGCCGAGGCUAAUUCCAGACUGGCAGAGAUGGAGAGAUCCCAGACUGAGCUCAAUACCAUCAAAAUCCAUCUGACAGCCGAGAACAGCGAUCUCAGCCGUGAACUGGGGGAGGCACAGAGUAAGCUCAACCAGAUUACACGGAUCAAAGCUUCACUGACCACCCAGAACGAUGAGCUGAAAAGACAGGUGGACGAAGAGUCAAAGGCUCGAAGUGCAGCUGUCAUCGGCCUGGCUAAUGCUCAGCAUGACCUGGACCUGAUGAAGGAGCAGCUGGAUGAGGAGCAGGAGGGCAAAUCGGAGAUGCAGCGCCUCAUCUCCAAACUCAACGCAGAGGUGACCACCUGGAGAACCAAGUACGAGACGGAUGCCAUCCACAAAACUGAGGAACUGGAGGAGACCAAGCGUAAGCUGACUGUCCGGCUCCAGGAGGCAGAAGAAGCUACAGAAGCAGCUCAGGCUCGUGCAGCGAGUCUGGAGAAGGUCAAACAAAGGCUUCAGGGAGAAGUGGAGGAUCUGACUAUCGACCUGGAGAAGUCUAAUGCUGCCGCUGCUGCUCUGGACAAGAAGCAGCGCAGCUUUGACAAGAUGACUGCGGAGUGGAGUCAGAAGUGUGAGGAGAUGCAGCUUGAGCUGGAGAACUCCCAAAAGGAAUGCCGCACCUACAUGACGGAGGUGUACAAACUUAAGACGUCUUACGAGGAAUCACUCGACCAUCUGGAGACUGUCAAGAAAGACAACAAGACCCUCUCUGACGAGAUCCGAGAUCUCAUGGAGCAGCUGGGUGAGGGUGGGAAAAGUGUCCAUGAGCUGCAGAAAGCCAAGAGGAAGCUGGAGGUUGAGAGGGACGAGCUGCAGAUAGCCCUAGAGGAGGCAGAGACCUCUCUGGAGGUGGAGGAAGGUAAGGUGGUCCGAGUCCAGUUGGAAUUGGCUCAAGUGAAAGCAGACAUUGAUCGCAGAAUUCACGAGAAAGAAGAAGAGUUUGAAAUCACCAGGAAAAACCACCAGCGUGCCAUCGAGUCACUGCAGGCCAGCCUGGAGGCGGAGGCUAAAGGUCGCGCCGAGGCUCUGAGGAUGAAGAAGAAAAUGGAGUGUGAUCUGAACGAGAUGGAGAUCCAGCUGGAACAUGCCAACAAGAACAACAGCGAGCUGGUCAAAACCCUGAAGAGACUGCAGCAGCAAAUCAAAGAUAUGCAGAUGCAGAUGGAUGAAGAUGCACGAGUGCACGAGGAGCUAAGAGAGCACUACAGCCUGCAGGAGCGCAGAGUCUGCCUGCUGCAGACAGAGAUAGAGGAGCUGCGCAGCGGCCUGGAAGCUUCAGAGCGCUCCAGGAAGCUGAUGGAGCAGGAACUGGUGGACGUUACUGAGCGCCAUAAUGAGCUCUAUUCCCAGAACCAGAGCUUAAUUAUUAUCAAGCGCAAAAUGGAAGCAGACUUGACUCAAGUCUCAAACGAGAACGAGGAGCUGAUCAGCGAGUUCCGCUCUGCUGAUGAAAGAGCCAAGAAGGCCAUCACAGAUGCAACCCGUAUGGCGGAGGAACUGCGGCAGGAGCAGGACCACUGCAUCCAUCUGGAGAAGAUAAAGAAGAACAAUGAGCUGAUGAUCAAAGAUCUGCAGCUGAAAGUGGAAGAGGCAGAGGAGCUAGCCUUAAAGUCAGGCAAACGUACCAUCCAAAAAUUAGAAGUCAGGGUCAGGGAGUUGGAGAGUGAGCUGGAUGUGGAGCAGAAGAGACAUGUGGAGACGGUGAAGGUCCUGCGUAAGAACGAGCGCCGCCUGAAGGAGCUGAUCUUCCAGACUGAAGAAGACCACAAAACCAACCAGCGCAUGCAGGAACUGGUGGAGAAACUGCAGAACAAACUCAAGUCCUACAAGAGGCAGAUAGAGGAAGCUGAGGAGCAAGCCAACACAAGUCUGUCUAAGUACAGGAAGACCGUGCAUGAGCUGGAUGAUGCUGAGGAGAGAGCGGGCAAUGCUGAGAUGGCUCUGAACAAACUCCGAACCAGGAAUCGUGCUUCAGUGACCAAGGGCUUUACUAACGUAGAGAUCGUGCAGAUCUCUAAAACCUCCAAGAGUUCCUCAGAGGAGUAAGAGUUCUGACCCAUGCAGGAGAGUGACGGACAGACCAGCACUCAUUCCCCACUGGAAGACCUUCUACACAGCGGACGAGAUUAGAGAGAUUCACCGAAGUCUUAAAGCUAAACUGAAAAGUCUUAACUAGUGUGUGUGUGCGUGUGUGUGUGUGUGUGUUGUACUGUGUGUUAGAUGAAUGUGAUGGGUUUGAUCUGAAGCUGUGUAGAAAUGGUCUUCAGUAAUGGGGUCUGAUUGGGGGAAGCUGCACUCUCAUGUCAACGAUAGAGGGUACACCUGUGUUUGUCACUCUCCUGUCAUGAGAAAAAAUUAUCAAAAUAAACUUUAAGCAAGGA